AUGAAGGUAUCUCGUUGGCUCGGCAGCGACGGUCCGCACUCACACGUCGAACUACACGGAUUCGCCGACGCAUCGGAGCGAGGGUACGCCGCCGUGGUGUACCUCCGCUCCUCCACUGGAAGGGGCACCACACUCCACCUGCUGACCGCUAAGGGCAAGGUCGCGCCCGUGAAGCCCGUGUCCUUGCCGAGACUCGAGCUAUGCGCGGCCGCCCUCUUGACGAACCUCGUCGUUUACACGCGCACUCUGCUAAGUUUGUCCUCAGCUCCAGUCUUCCUUUGGUCGGACUCCAGGGUCACUCUUCACUGGAUCCACGGACACGCCUCCCGCUGGAAGACCUACGUGGCCAACAGAGUGUCGCUGAUCCAGGAGCGGCUACCCGAGGCGCGGUGGCGACAUGUGCCGGGCAAGGACAACCCAGCUGACUGCGCCUCCCGAGGAGUUCUGCCCAGCGACCUGGUCGGUCAUCCUCUGUGGUGGACGGGACCAUCCUGGCUUUUAGAGGACCAAGCAAGGUGGCCGAACAACGACGGCGCCCUGCUCAACGCUGCUGUGCCGGAGCAAAGGGCCGUCGCCUCACUCUCGGCGGCUAUCAAGGACGUUUCCGAGUCGGCCUUCCUGCUCCGUUUCUCGUCAUUGCACCGACUGCUCAGAGUGACAGCCUGGUGUCUUCGAUGGCGACGGACCGGCACCCGGAGAUUUCGCACCACCGCUGACGCCGCACUCUCACUCAUGUCUUGCGAGAUCGAAGACGCACUCCUUCACUGGAUUCGCAUCACACAGACUCUGCACUUCCUCGGCGAGAUCACAGCACUCAGCAAAGGACGCGCCUUGCCAGCCAGAAGUCCUCUCACCAAGCUGAGUCCGUUCCUCGACGACAGCGGUGUAAUGCGAGUCGGAGGACGACUGAAGAACGCCAUCCUGUCUCACGACGAGCGGCAUCCCAGCAUUAUCCGGAGUCAAGGUUGA